AAGGAUCCGCCCCUGGCCCUGAUUGAAUGGCGAGCUGCCACGUGGUCACCAACCCCUUCCUCACAUCAUCAUCGGGUGCCGGCUGGGAACACGUUUUAGUCCUACAGACAUAAAACCAGCGGAGCUGAAGUGCUAUAACGAGUCCUGACUUACUAGCCGUGGGACAGGAGAGUACACAAUGGCGGCUUUGAGUGGCUUCGAUAUUGAUGCCCUACGCUGGGAUCAGUCCACGUUCAUGGGACGUCUCAAACAUUUCUUCAACAUUACAGACUGUCGCACUGUUCUCCUUUCUGACUCCAAACUAGAUGAAGCAAAAGCUUUAGUGGAGAGCUGCAGAGCUGGGUCUGUCCCUCCAGGUACCACUGUGGAACAGCUGCACUACGCCAAGAAGCUCUAUGACUCAGCAUUUCACCCAGACACUGGCGACAGGAUGAACCUGAUUGGCAGAAUGUCUUUCCAAGUGCCUGGGGGCAUGGCCCUCACAGGCUUCAUGCUGCAGUUCUACAGGACGAUUCCUGCUGUGGUGUUUUGGCAGUGGGUUAAUCAGUCUUUCAACGCUUUGGUCAACUACACCAACCGCAAUGCUGCCUCUCCAAUCACACCCAAACAGAUUGUGGUGGCUUAUACAACAGCGACAAGCACUGCAUUGGCCACUGCUGUGGGUUUGAACCUCUACACCAAGAAAGCUCCACCUCUGGUUGGUCGCUGGGUGCCUUUUGCAGCUGUGGCUGCAGCUAACUGUGUAAACAUCCCCAUGAUGAGGCAACAGGAAAUCUUGAAUGGCAUCGCAGUCACGGAUGAAAAUGGCAAUAAGCUUGGCCACUCUAGAAAAGCAGCAGUCAAGGGCAUCACGCAGGUGGUCAUUUCUCGAAUUGCCAUGUCCGCUCCAGGCAUGAUCAUCCUCCCUAUUAUAAUGCAGAGACUAGAAAAAUACAGAUUCAUGCAGAAAAUUACAUUUCUGCAUGCACCGUUGCAAAUGAUGAUGGUUGGAGUGUUCCUGAUCGUCAUGGUGCCUGCAUCCUGUUCACUGUUUCCACAGAGAUGCUCUCUGGCUGUGGCCAAGCUGGAGCCAGAGCUCAGAGAGUCCAUCAGCUCUCAGUAUGGUGAUACUGUCAAAUAUGUCUACUUCAACAAGGGCUUGUGAUGCUCAUACCUGAUUCUCCUAGGAUUGAGGGAGCUGGACCAUAGGGAGUGGCCCAUUUUGCCCAGAUGCAGACAUAUAGGACACCUUAAUUUUUUUUUUUUCAUGUUACUCACUUAAAAGUGUUUAACUUUGAAAAAAAGUCUUGAAAUAAGAUGCUUGAUCUGAAAUUGGGUCUUUAACCUUCCAAAGACCUCUAGCCUGUCUAUGUUUGUAUUUAUUCAAUUCCCAGCACUCAUUUACCAAAUAGAGCAGGUAAAAAGCAGAAGAAUAGUGAUAACCUGACUCAGGUGAGAUGCGAGCUGGAGUUGAAUAAAAUGUGAACUGUGAGUUGUACAGGAAUGGGCUGAAUAUGAGUUGGAAUUUGCCAAUUGGUUUACAUAAUUGAUUACACUGAAAAUGGUUUAUAACACUUUGUUUUUAUAAGUGUUUACAGAUGCUGAUUUUUUUACUUGAUUUUUUAAAAAAAUGAUUAGAAAACAAUUGAACUUUAUUGAAGAACUCUGCUAAAAUUUGUCAUUAAGCCUUUCCGGGUGCCUAUAGUCAGCAUUAGCUAAUCAUGAGUAGACUUUGUGAUUUGGGCCUGUUUUUAAUUGUGUAUUGGGAGAGUUGGUGUGUAUUGUCAAUGUUGAGCAUACUGAUCUCUCAGGAACUUUUAAUUAAGAGGUUUUUAAGCUUUACACCUCAAUUUAGUACUUGAAGCGCAGUUUAAAGGGCCUGCAUCAUGAAAUAUUGAAUUUUUAUUUUUUUUAUUUUUUAAAUAAGUUUCAUGUUUUAAAUAAGUUUCAUGUAAAAGAUUCAAAAUGUACAAAAUGUUCAAUCCACCAGGCCAUAUAUGGAAAGUAAGUUGCAAAAACAGCUCAUUUGGAAUUUGCUUGUUUUUAUGAUGUCACAAAGACAUAUCAUAAUUACAUUCACAGAAGUUUAGUCCCACCCAUUCAUGGCUAAAGCUAUAGGUGUUUCCUUCUGAAUAAGGUACAGACGAUCAGAUCGCAGGUCCAUGUACAUUUACAUCAGUCUUAAAGCACAAAAAAAAAAAAAGCCAGUUUAGUUCUGGUCAUAGGUCAAAUUCUGUGGAUAGGUCAAAUUAAUUAUGGUUGUUUUUGGCACAUAAACUCACACAAACUUCAGAAGUGGUCUUCAUAAAAAAAUUUAAAAAAAUACAAGAACAUUUAGGAUAAGGGCCAUUUUUUGUUAAGGAGGUUGAUGAGAUGUUACUAUGUAUGUAUAGCCAAAUAUAUGAAUGGGAUGAUAUUGUUACGGAUUGUUGAUGACCUUUAUUCAAAUGUUACUGUUCCUCCUUCACAAUGUGCCUCAUACACAAAAUACCCUUGAAAUAGAACGUUUUGUCCUCGUUUUUCUGACCUAUUCUGCAACAUCCACGUACACAUACAGACACAUCUUAAGUACAAUGCAUAUUUGCUCAUUUUCACACAUGACAUAAAUACAGCCACACUGCUGUAUCUUUAUGCACUCUGUUGUAAGACUGUUUACUGAGCUGUUAAAAAUCAGUUGAGAAACUUUUAGUGUUUGGCACAACUGCAAUGUUAAGUCUCACCACAAGAGGGUAGUGUCUGAUCUACAAUGCUGAAAUGAGUAAUGGGGUCGUCAGGGGGGGAAUGUGAUGUUUGUGUUGUCAGUAAAAGGAAGCUGCAGCCCUAA